CUGUAUCUGUUGGAGACCUCCUCAUUGCUACAUAGUUCUUUUUCCACUCUUCCUCAUCUUAAUUGUUAGUUCACUGAGGUCCAGAGGUGUGAGGAGAAGAGGAACCUAAUACAACUUUCAGCUGGAGUUCUCUCCUUGAUAACACCACCCAUCACCCUUCGGUACCUUCUCUGGUGAUGGUGAUAAGAGUUGAGGGAUCUGAGGCGGUAGAAGGUAAACGAGAAGGUGUCUAGUGGCCUCUCAAGUCCUCUGACAAGUUUAUGGAACCCACUAUUUCUUCUAGUCAGGGAAGAUUUUCCAACCUGGCUGAUUGAGAUGCUGAAGUGUCUGCUGUGUAUGUGAGGUUUAUAUAUUGAAAACUGGGAAUCAAGAUUUUCAUUUUGGCUAUGCCCCAUUCCUAAUUGCCUCAUCUUUAGGAAAAAUGUGCAUAUCUAUUCAGUGACAGUCGAAUAAGAUAGUAUAUGUGAAAGCGAUUUAUAAAAUGCUGUGCAAGGCAAGGAGUUACUGUUUUUUUGUAGUCCUCAUUGUGUAUUUGUAAUAGCAGUGAGUGUGUGUGUGUACUUUGGUACAUGCAGUCUGUUUUAAAAUAUACCUUUUAUGCCUCUUGCUUUUCUUGUUUUCCAUGUUACUUCUCAACCCACCUCUCAUAUGGUAUCUAAUGACAACCCAAGUCUCUGCUACUUCUCUGCAGCAUCACCUUUCAAAGUGGUACAAGUUCUCUUGCUCUCUACAUAGCAAGUACAUCGCCUCAACACAGCGACCUGACGGGACCUGGCGAAAGCAGCGGAGGGUGAAAGAAGGCUAUGUGCCCCAGGAGGAGGUCCCAGUGUAUGAGAACAAGUAUGUGAAGUUUUUCAAGAGUAAACCAGAAUUGCCCCCCGGCCUGAGCCCAGAGGCCACUGCCCCCAUCACCGCUUCCAGGCCUGAAGGCGGUGAGCCAGCCCUCUCCAAGACCGCCAAACGCAACCUGAAGCGGAAGGAGAAGAGACGGCAGCAGCAAGAGAAAGGGGAGGCGGAGGCCUUGAGCCGGACUCUUGAGAAAGUGUCCCUGGGAGAGACAGCCCAGGUCCCCAGUGCCCCACAGGCCUCCCGGGCAGCGCCAACGGCUGCCUCAGACCAGCCCGAUUCAGCUGCCACCACUGAGAAGGCCAAGAAGAUAAAGAACCUAAAGAAGAAGCUUCGGCAGGUGGAAGAGCUGCAGCAGCGGAUCCAGGCUGGAGAAAUCAGCCAGCCCAGCAAAGAGCAGCUGGAGAAGCUAGCGAGGAGGAGGGCACUGGAGGAGGAGCUUGAGGACUUGGAGCUGGGCCUGUGAGGCCUUCGGGGAUUAGGGGAUGGACUGCAGAACAAACCGUGGGGCUCUCUGGGGUCCUGGGGAACGUGGGCAGCAGCAGUCGGGAGGGGAUACCCCUACCCGGACUGGCUCACUUCCACUUCUCAUGGCCCGACUCCGUCCUCCAGAGCCUAGCCUCUCCCUCGUUCCUUCCCUUUUUCCCCUAACUCCUGUUUUUUUGGACUUCUCUCUCUCCUGUCCCCAGUGUUCAAGAUCUCAGUGACUAUCCCAGGUACCUUUGCUGCUGAUUUGGGUGUCUUGUUUAAAAGAAAAUUGGGUGGGUGGGAGUCUCUUGGAGAACUGAGGUUGAGGAUUGGGGAAGUACACCCAAGUCUUGGAGUCUUGGUUCCUGUUCACAGUGUUUAUGGGUUAUCUCCCCUUCCAUCCCUCACCUCUUUUUUUUUUUUUUUUUUUCCUUUUUUUAAAAAGAACAGAAUAAACUCAAGUAGACAACA